AUGCGCCUCCCGCCGCCUGAGGUUCUGUUGUCAUGGCCGGCCCCAAACUACACUGACCCGGUCACACGAGGUAACACACUCGUUAUCGUCAACGUUGUCCUAAUCUCUUUCACGGUGAUGCUGAUCUUCGCUGGCGGCCUCACUGCUGCGGUCCUCCUCGCGAACCAACACUAUGGCUGGGACAGACACGUCUACGACAUUCCUCUGACCAAGCUCAAACCCACGCUGCAAAUCGCAAUGGCAGCAAAGCUGCUCUUCACCGCCGCAGCGACUUUCACCCGGCUCUCGCUGUUCUGCUUCUACUACCGGCUGCUCAAGGACACGAGCAAGGGCUUCUACGUCUGGGUCGUGCACGCCAACGUCGUGUACACGAUUUGCAUCUUCGUCACGUUUGUGUUUCUCAUCGUGUUUCUGUGCACGCCGGUGAGCAUGUACUGGACGUACGGCGCGCCGGAAGGGAAGUGUCUGAACGAGGGGACUGCGACGCUGAUCGCGGGGAUCAUCAACGUGAUCGCGGACUUUGCGUGUACGGUGACGCCCAUUCCGAUGGUUAUGUCGCUCAAAAUGCCUCGCAGGCAGCGCUUCGCUGUCAUCGUACUCUUCAGUCUGGGCUUCUUCGUUACAGCCGCCGGCAGCGUACGGACGUACUACAUCUACGAGAGUCUGGUUGUCCAGUACGACACCACGUGGUAUGCGUAUCCGCUGUGGAUCGCCGCUGCCAUCGAGAUCGACCUGGGCGUGAUCUGCGCCUCCGCUCCCGUCCUCCGCCCCCUCCUCGCAAAACUCCACCUCAGCUUCUCCUCCAUCGGCACAACCGGAAAGAACAGCACGCGGGACACCGAGCACUUCCGUUCUUUGCCCGGCGGCGACGCGCAUACGGUGAGCACGGACCGGCGGAGCAUGCUGUGGUUCAAGACGGACUCGCGGCCGCUGAGCCGCGUCGAGAAGGGCGAGUUGGACGCGUAUGAGAUGGAUGCGCGGCAGGGGUCGGCACAUGCAAGGGGACAGGUGGAUCCCAGGUCACUGCCGUCCUCUCCGGCUCCGGCAUCUCCAGGUGUAGGGUCAAUGGUUACAGAGACGAAUUGUGAGAGUGGUGUAGGGGGUUCGAUGGGGCGAGCACCACAGCAUGCUUGGCCGAGUACAGAAACGCAUAUUGAGAGCGGUGCGAGGGGUGCUGCAUCGCCGGUCUCGGAACCCAUUCGACUCGGGCAUACGCGCGCGGCCAAUCCGGUGAGCAGGGCGUGGUUUUGAGGAGAAAGAGGGACGGAAUCCCCCUUUGGCGAAAAGAACGCCAGCACUUAUGCAUGGCUGGGGUGUACGACCGGCACGAGUCGCAGUCCCUUGGCGACUCUUGCUGGCCAGAGCUCGGUGAGCGCGGGCAGCUCGGAUGCGAGCCAUCAGCUAGAGCAGGCCUCACGGAUAGACCGUGUGACACCGAGGGCUGCGAGCUCGGCGGCGACGCG